AUGCCGUAUACCGGCGGCGAUCGAGGAGGUAGUGCGGCGGGGGAAGACGGCGACCUGCAUUACUGCGAUCUGUUCCGUUGCUUCUGCUGUUGGCGGACAAGCUGCUCGCCCCGCAUCCCGCGCGUCGUGCCCGGCAGGGACUACGUGUGCAUUGCGGCCCCGGCCCACGGCGGCGGCGCGGACCACCGGCCGCUGUGCUCGGUCCUCGUCGGCUGUACCUCCUUCGGCGGGCCGUUCCGCCACAACCUACGCCUCCACCGCUUCCGCGUCGCCCAGUCCGGCCGCGUCAUCGGCCAGAGCGACGACCUGCUCGAACCCUUGUUCGGCGUGUCCCCGAGCGACGUGCCGUCGAUCGGCCACGCUGACGAUGGGCAGACGGAGUUCGACGACGCCAUGGCCGCGCUAGGCCCCGACGGCAAGCAUCUUUACAUCAUCUGUGUGCACCGGCCUGUGCUCAGCUCGGAUGUCGCCAGCUGCGGCGGCGGACGAGCCACCGAGAUAGUGGUGUUUCCUCCCAAAGUAUUUCGUGUGGACACAGGUGACAUGAGCCUGUCUCCUAUGCGGCCUCUCCCGUUCACUCGUGCGUCAUACGAAGCUAUUUCAGCGCACGGUGCACUCUGGGUGCCGGUCGUAUUAUUGACCAAGGCGGUGGAGAAUUGCCCGAGCGAGUGGCGUCUCUUCAUCUACCGGCUGGUUGAGGUUGACGACGAUGAUGGCAGCUGGGUAGAGGUCACAAGUGCCGAUUUCCAAUACGAACUGUCACGUGGAUUCAGAUAUGGUGGCACUCUCAUUCAGGGCUAUGCUGUUAUCAGCGACAGAUUCAUCCUACUAUCAUUCAUCGACUCCACCUUCUUUUGCUUUGACUGUGCCAACGGCACCUUGGCCCCUGUCACCACUGAAGAAAGUUCAAGCUCAACCCUUCUUCUUCAUCAGUAUGUCCCUAUCUCUGGCAAAGGGGUGCAUUUCGAAGGCGCUAUCUACUUCAUACGGGGCACCAAGCUGUUUGCAUACAGGUACUCGCCAUUGGAUCCCAGGCCACUUGCACCUCCUCUAGAGAUUGACACUAUUUGGCCAUACGAUGAGGAAGGAUAUGGCUUCGUUGUGCACCUCGCUGGGCACAUCCUGUGCGCUGUUUGGAUCAACAUGAAACGCCGAUGUGGGUGUACCACACGACAUGUCCUGAUCACCACAUUCAAUAUCGGAGGUCACACUCAUGGCACCGGCUGCUUCAUCCCCAGCGAUGUUGAGGUCCUUCACUCCACGUGCCGCAGGAUAGGCAUGCUCAGGACUGAAGAGCCUAGGCCCGAAUGCUACGACUUUUUCUGUUUCUUGCAGGAAUAUCCGGAUACUGAACCCAGGUUUGAUCCCUCUGUGCCUUCAGAGCUGGGGGUUUUUGAUGGUAUCCACCGAUGGAGGCGGCAGAAGACAUCAUCAAGGUCUCUUGAUUUGUCACACAAGGUUAAGAUUUCAGGAUUUGUAGACCUUGGUGAUGAUGCCUUCAUGAUAUCAGAUGCUGAGACAAAUAAUUGCUUUCUGUUUGAUCUGAAGAGAGGGGAGUGGUUUGCUGUAGAGCCACCUAGAGGUUACAUUUUUUGGCAAUAUGCUGCUGGUUUACUGAAUGGGAGAAGCAUAUUUGCAGAGGGUUUCAUAUACACAUGUUCAGCUGGUGGUCUUAUUGCUUUUGAGCUUAUUGACAAGAAUGAUUCAUAUUGCCUAGGCCAACCUAUAAUGUUGAAUUCUUCUUGGAAGUAUAUCUUCGGUGAGAGGAGGUUUCUUUCCUUUGAUUCAGUCUGCAAAGGAGAAAUUGAUAGUAGCAUUGUAUUCUGUGUGGUCCAGGGAUGUCCUAUGGCAGUUCCUUUUACAUCUCGUCACCACUUUGCCGCUACCACGGUACAUGUGAAGCUUCAGAAAACACUACGGGAGACAAAGGAACCUGUCAGCAUUGACCGUGUUGGUGUCGUUUGUUCAUCAAUUGAUCAAAACGGGAGGAUCCUUACUAACUACGCGUUUGCUCUGUAG